AUGAAAGAUCUCGCAGGCAAGAACGCCUUCAUUACCGGCGGUGCCAGUGGUAUUGGUCUGGCCAUGGCCAAAGCAUUUCUGCAUGAAGGCAUGAACGUGGCCAUAGUAGAUGUUGAUGAAAAAGCUUUGCAGACCGCGCGUACAGAAUUGGCGGGCAGUAAUGCGCAGGUGCUGGCUCUGCAGCUGGACGUCACAAAUCGAGAACAAUUCAAGGCAGUUGCAGAUCAGGUUGAGGCCGAGCUCGGAUCCAUUCAUGUGGUGUGUAACAACGCCGGUGUCUAUCGAGGUGGCAGCAUGGAUGCAGCAACCUACGAAGAUUGGGACUGGAUCAUGGGGGUUAACGUCGGUGGGGUUGUGAAUGGGCUUCAGACUCUGGUAAAGCGCAUCCAACAGCAUGGCGAAGGGGGGCAUAUUGUCAAUACUGCGUCGAUGGCCGGGGUAACCACCUCUCCCGGUCUGGGCAUUUACAAUGCCAGCAAGUUCGCGGUUGUUGGCCUGUCAGAAUCCCUGCGUGCUGAUCUGGAACCCCACGGAAUUGGCGUGUCGGUGUUGUGUCCUGGUAUGGUGCGCACCAAAAUCCUUGAAAGUGAGCGGAAUCGCCCGACGGUUUUUGAUGUCACGCAACCCGAUAGCGUAGCGGCGGCUGAAGCGCACAGUGAGAUAAUGAACCUGGCGAUGAAUACGGGUAUCGAUGCGGCAGAUGUCGCAGAUAUGGUGGUACAAGGCAUCAAAGACAAUGAGCUGUAUCUGUUUCCACAUCCGGAAAUGAAAGAAGCCACAGCACAACGUAUGUCGGCGAUGUUAGACGCGUUUGGAGAGCCGGACCCGGAACGUGUUGCUGCACAUGAACAGUUUCUGUCAGCCCUUUUGCCGGGAGAUAAAUAA